GGGCGUAACUACACUAACCUUUAUCUUGGAACCAAUCACAUUCACAUUCACCAAUCAUUGAUUAACAUAACACCCUGUUUAGCCUCUUAAGAUUAGAACGCACUUUCCAGAAUACUCUCUUAAAACUGCCCGCUUUUUUAAAGCAAUAAGAAAAUAAAAAGUUGUGAUAUUCUUAGCUUCUUUGCUCAAAAGAAAGAAAAAGUGACUGCAAUUAUUGUCAUAUGCCAGCAAAGAAAGAUAUCACUACUUUACCUUUCUCCAAUCUCCUCUAUAUAGCAGUGUAAUCUCCCAAGCUUAGUUUUGCAAACAAGAGAAAAAUGGAGAGGGAAGAAGAUGUGAAAGUUGGAGCAAACAAAUUCUCAGAGAGACAUGCACUGGGAACAGGAGCACAGAGUGAGAAGCCGGAAUACAAGGAGGCACCACCAGCACCAUUGUUUGAGCCUGGUGAGCUCAAGUCAUGGUCCUUCUACAGAGCCGGAAUAGCUGAGUUUGUGGCCACAUUCUUGUUCCUCUACAUCACCAUCUUAACCGUCAUGGGAGUGAACAGAUCUCCCUCCAAGUGCUCCUCCGUUGGCAUUCAGGGCAUUGCUUGGUCUUUCGGCGGCAUGAUCUUCGCCCUUGUUUACUGCACUGCUGGAAUCUCCGGCGGACACAUAAACCCGGCGGUGACCUUCGGGUUGUUUCUGGCAAGGAAGCUUUCACUGACAAGGGCAGUGUUCUACAUGGUGAUGCAGUGUCUUGGAGCCAUUUGCGGCGCUGGUGUGGUGAAGGGGUUCGAAGGGAAUGCGAGGUUUGAGAUGUAUAAAGGUGGAGCUAAUAUGGUUAACCAUGGAUACAGCAAAGGUGAUGGGCUUGGUGCUGAGAUUGUUGGUACCUUUGUUCUUGUUUACACUGUGUUCUCUGCUACUGAUGCUAAAAGAAACGCAAGAGACUCACAUGUUCCCAUUUUGGCACCUCUUCCGAUCGGCUUUGCUGUCUUCUUGGUCCACUUGGCAACCAUUCCUAUCACUGGAACUGGGAUUAACCCAGCUAGGAGCCUUGGUGCUGCCAUCAUCUUCAACAGAGACCAUGCAUGGAAUGAUCAAUGGAUUUUCUGGGUUGGGCCUUUCGUUGGAGCUGCUCUUGCUGCCGUGUACCACCAGAUAGUCAUCCGAGCUAUUCCUUUCAAGUCAAGGCCUUAAUUCAUCGUCAUCGUUUCAUAUGUCUGCUCCUCUCUUUGAAUGUUUGAUAUCGUGUGUGUGUAAAUUGAUGGAGAAUUCUUUCGUGCUACCAUGCUUUGUGUUUAUUAGACUCUGAUCUUUAUUUAUCUGUUCUAUGUUGGUUUUUCUAUGUUUAUCGAAAUCGUGAAUAUUUGAAGA